ACAAGUUUUAUUUAAGGUGGCCAUCAAGAACGACGUUGAUGUGUUUUAUUUUGCUGUUAUUGUACCGCUGCAUAUGUUCUUCGACGAAGGUGGUCAAAUGGAAAAACGCGAUUUCUUACAAUUGUGGAAGGAAAUUCCCGAGCAGAAUGAAUUGCAAUUCACGAUUAAUAAUACACAAGCAUUGAGUGCUGAUGACAUCUGUACAAAACUACAACAAAAUAACGUAUUCACCGUAGCACGUCGUAAUGUCGACGGACAAGAAUUACUUUAUCAUUCCAUCAAAUAUACCAAUCAGAUCUACGUUCUCUCUGAACUUAAAAUGCAGAACAACUCACAACAACUAACGGUUUGUCUCUUUUCUAAACUUACUUGGUCUUUGCGAAAAAUUCAUCUGAACAUUCAAUUUAUUUCUGUCACUGAAAUCACGUCA